UAACGAUGGCUCGAUUCCACGAGCACUUGCGCUGUCAACACAGCUAACGAAAGGAGGACCGACCGAGAGUGCGCCCCCUCCGCCUGCCGGUGGUGCUCCUGGUUUGACAAGCUUGCCCGUUCAUGCGUAGCAGCGUCGUCGCACCUCAACUGUGGAAACAUGGGCUGAUAGUCGGCUUACUCCACGCCACUGGGGCGUCCGCUAUUACGACGUCGGUGACCAUCACGAGGCUAAACCUCCAGGAAUUCAUGGCAUGGAUCAUGCCUGUGGCGAAGUACGUCCAGCCCACGACUACUCCAGUCCCAACCACCACGCGUGCCCCCGUCAUUCCAUUCCUUCCUCGUACAACUCGUCUGCCUGUGGCAUUCAACGACGAAUCGGCCUUUACAACCUCCGUCAUCAUCGGGGUCUCAUCUUGCAUGUUCGCCGUGCUGUUGGUAUGCUUGGCUGUCUUGUACCGAAGCCGCCGCCGUCAGCGAUUGAAGGAUUCAAUUCCGCCAACAGGACGAUUCACCCCAUCACUGAACCGACGCCAUGACCAGCGCUUCCUCACUCCUGCGGCCAACAUAGUUGACACUUUCAACCGAGAGUCGCAUCUGUUGCGAAUCUACCCGUCUACUGGAUCGACGUCGCGUGUAAACAUGUCGACUCUCGCGUCGAGCUUCGUCUCGCCUGAUAUAGAUGCCAAUGACGGGUACACAACGAAUCCAUCGUGGUCUAGCCAGGAGCAUGCACCAGCUCUACCCGUCCGGACGAUUCCCUCGGCAUCUGUCAAGCCCCUGCGUGAAAGUUCCGAGGACUUGCUGCGCCAGCAUGCUUUGUCGUCUUCGUCGUCGUCAACCAUCACAUCGUGGCAUCCAAGUCGAACAACGUUCGCAGAACACUCGACUGUCCGUGAUUCCGCCGAGGUAUGGUCGCGAAGUCCAUGGAACAGUGACACUUAUGUCCAGCGCCACCCUGCCGCAAGUUAAAACUUGUUAAUGUGAAUGUCGUCAUGAAGUUC